AUAAAAUCAAGAAUAAACAAAUGGGACCUCAUGAAACUUAAAAGCUUUUGCACAGCGAAAGAAACCAUAAACAAGACUAAAAGGCAGCCCUCAGAAUGGGAAAAAAUAAUUGCCUAUGAAACAACGGACAAAGGAUUAACCUCCAAAAUAUACAAGCAGCUUAUGCGGCUUAAUACCAAAAAAGCAAAUAACCCAAUCCACAAAUGGGCAGAAGACCUAAAUAGACAUUUCUGCAAAGAAGACAUUCAGAUGGCCAACAAACACAUGAAAAGAUGCUCAACAUCACUCAUCAUCAGAGAAAUGCAAGUCAAAGCCACAAUGAGGUAUCACCUCACACCAAUCAGAAUGGCCAUCAUCACAAAAUCUGGAAACAACCAAUGUUGGAGAGGGUGUGGAGAAAAGGGAACUCUCCUGCACUGUUGGUGGGAAUUAACUCAUUUUCAUCCUGUGGAUUUCAUCUUAACUCCAACAUGAUGUCUGGCUCUAAUGGUAUCAAAGAAAAUUCCCACAACAAGGCUCGGACAUCUCCUUACCCAGGUUCAAAAGUUCAGCGCAGCCAGGUUCCUAAUGAAAAAGUAGACUGGCUUGUUGAGUGGCAAGACUAUAAUCCUGUAGAAUACACUGCAGUUUCUGUCUUGGCUGGACCUCAGUGGGCAGAUCCUCAGAUCAGUGAAAGCAGCUUUUCUCCCAAGUUUAAUGAAAAGGAUGGGCAUGUUGAGAGGAAGAGCCAGAAUGGUCUGUAUGAGAUUGAAAAUGGAAGACCUAGAAAUCCUGCAGGACGGACAGGACUGGUUGGCCGGGGGCUGUUGGGGCGAUGGGGCCCCAAUCAUGCUGCAGAUCCCAUCAUAACCAGGUGGAAAAGGGACAGAAGUGGAAAUAAAAUCACCCAUCCCAUUUCCGGGAAAAAUGUCUUACAGUUUGUUGCAAUAAAAAGGAAAGACUGUGGAGAAUGGGCAAUCCCAGGGGGGAUGGUGGAUCCAGGAGAGAAGAUUAGUGCCACGCUGAAAAGGGAAUUUGGUGAGGAAGCUCUCAACUCCUUACAGAAAUCAAGUGCUGAAAAGAGAGAAUUAGAGGAAAAGUUGCACAGACUCUUCAGCCAGGAACAUCUAGUGGUAUAUAAAGGUUACGUUGAUGAUCCUCGAAACACUGAUAAUGCGUGGAUAGAGACAGAAGCUGUGAAUUACCAUGAUGAAACAGGUGAGAUAAUGGAUAACCUUACCUUAGAAGCUGGAGAUGAUGCUGGAAAAGUGAAAUGGGUGGACAUCAGUGAUAAACUCAAGCUUUAUGCUAGUCACUCUCAGUUCAUCAAACUUGUGGCCAAGAAACGAGAUGCGCACUGGAGUGAGGACUCUGAAACUGACUGCCAAGGGUUAUAGCUCACAAUCUCCAUGUAAGCCAGCAAAGGAGCAUGUACUGAAAAGACAGUAUCACAGAACUCAUACAUAAAAAGGGCAAGGUAGAUCACUUGGUAAUUAUUUUAUUCACUUUCAAAAUGAUUUGCAUUUAGAAGGUUUUGCAUCAGAAUAAAAUUAGCAAGUAUGGUGAAACAGAACACAGUAUUUUCUGCUUUCCAGUCAAAAGAGCUAUAAAUAAUCAUAUUUUGUAUGCAUUCUGUUUAAGCAUGGCUUAAACCAAAGUUAACAACGGAUGCUGUUUGAAGAAUCAGGAUCUAAAUAAAGAUAAAUUUCUGUUCAGCCAUAA